AGAAUAUGAGGGGCGUGGGCCUGCACGCCCGGAGCCAGCGCGGUGAGGACCAUGUUGCUUCCGAACAUCCUGCUCACCGGUACACCAGGGGUUGGAAAAACCACGCUAGGCAAAGAACUUGCAUCAAGAUCAGGACUGAAAUACAUUAAUGUGGGUGAUUUAGCUCGAGAAGGGCAGUUGUAUGAUGGCUAUGAUGAAGAGUAUGAAUGCCCCAUUUUAGAUGAAGACAGAGUAGUUGAUGAAUUAGAAAACCAAAUGAGUGAAGGUGGAGUUAUUGUUGAUUACCAUGGUUGUGAUUUCUUUCCUGAACGCUGGUUUCAUAUAGUUUUUGUGCUGCAAGCAGAUAACAGUGUAUUGUACAAAAGACUUGAAAUAAGGGGUUAUAAUGAAAAGAAACUAAAAGAAAAUAUUCAGUGUGAAAUUUUUCAAGUUCUUUAUGAAGAAGCAUUAGCAUCCUACAAGGAAGAAAUGGUACAUCAACUGCCCAGCAAUAAACCAGAAGAUCUAGAGGAUAAUAUCAAUCAGAUAUUGAAGUGGAUUGAGCAGUGGAUCAAGGAUCAUAGCUCCUGACUUAUAAAACUGGCCACUUUACAACCACUCUUGUUAUAUCCCUGCCAUAAUGAAUAAAUUGUCCAGUUAUCAGUAAAA